AUGGGCAAGGUCCACGGCUCAUUGGCACGUGCCGGAAAGGUGAAGAACCAGACCCCGAAGGUCGCUAAACAGGAGAAGAAAAAGCAGCCCCGUGGUCGUGCGUUCAAGCGACUGAAGUACACUCAGCGUUACCUUGCCAAAACGCUGAAGCCGGGUGAGAAACUCCACAUGAACAAGCAACCACCGGGCAAGGCUGGCUAA